AUGUCUGUGAGGUGUAUGACGAAAAUAGCUCCAGCUCAUGAUCUUGAUAAUGAAACAACAAAAGAAUAUUUACAGUUUAAAGCAAUUAAUUUUGUAAGUGUUUUGCGAGGUUUAAUUUCAAGAUACAUGAAGAGCAACCGUUUAAAAAAUCAUUCGUCGAAUUUUAUUUUGAGGAAACGCUUAAACAAAUCCGUCAACCUCACUUGGUAUCUGUCUAUCAUUUUUACUGUAAGUCGAUUAAGGCCCCCCCUCAGAAAUGGUGAUUUUCGGUCAAUAAGUCGGUUUUGAGAUACGCACAUGGAAAGAUAGCCUGAAAUGUCUACAUCCAGAAUCUGUAUCGCUUUUGGUUACAAAAUUGGUUUCUCGUGGAUUUUGAGCAAGUUUUCUAGGAGCCUCGAAAAACCGGGUCUUCAAAUAAUAGUUUUUUCCUGGAUACUUAUGCGAUUAACAUUUUUAAGACACAGAUUUGUAGAGCAGACUUUUCUGAUCAAAAUAAGACCUCGCACAACUCUGUAUGACCUUGCAUCAAAAAGGUUACAGGCAUUUUCCUAGAAGUCCUAAAAUUCAGUAUUUCAUACAGCGUUUAAUACAGCGUUUUCACUAUAUAAGAGUUACACCUGAAGUAUUUCCCAAGAUUUUUAAUAGCGGUUUGUCGUAGAGAGUUCAUUCUUUUUUUGUUUAAAAGAGGAAAAAGAACUAUAUGGUCUGACCGGCGUCGAUUUUUAAAUUAGGUCUUAGUUUUUUAUCAAACUGAGGAUUUUAGAAAAUCCCGAAGGAGUUUUGGAGGUUGUUGGUUGCCUGGAAAACUAAUAAAGGCUUAAUUGAAAAAUCGGCGCCGGUUAGACCAUGUAGUUAGGUGUCUAGCUUAAAACAAAACAAACCCGAACUCUCCAGCUUGAAGUAUAUUAAAAAAAUGGGGGCCCUUAAUCAUCUACUAUCCAUUUCAAAAUACUAGGCAGUCCAUUGUUUUUUGAAUAACUCGAGAACGAAAAGAGAUAGCGAGUUGCGGUUUUCACUGUUGGAAAGAGGACAGUUGGGGACAUCUGUUCGUGUACUAA